CUGUCCGCAGUCUCUGGUCAUCCCUGUGCUGUCCGCAGUCUCUGGUCAUCCCUGUGCUGUCCGCAGUCUCUGGUCAUCCCUGUGCUGUCCGCAGUCUCUGGUCAUCCCUGUGCUGUCCGCAGUCUCUGGUCAUCCCUGUGCUGUCCGCAGUCUCUGUCUCUGGUCAUCCCUGUGCUGUCCGCAGUCUCUGGUCAUCCCUGUGCUGUCCGCAGUCUCUGGUCAUCCCCUGUACUGUGUCCGCAGUCUCUGGUCAUCCCCUGUACUGUGUCCGCAGUCUCUGGUCAUCCCCUGUACUGUGUCCGCAGUCUCUGGUCAUCCCCUGUACUGUGUCCGCAGUCUCUGGUCAUCCCCUGUACUGUGUCCGCAGUCUCUGGUCAUCCCCUGUACUGUGUCCGCAGUCUCUGGUCAUCCCCUGUACUGUGUCCGCAGUCUCUGGUCAUCCCCUGUACUGUGUCCGCAGUCUCUGGUCAUCCCCUGUACUGUGUCCGCAGUCUCUGGUCAUCCCCUGUACUGUGUCCGCAGUCUCUGGUCAUCCCCUGUACUGUGUCCGCAGUCUCUGGUCAUCUCCUGUACUGUGUCCGCAGUCUCUGGUCAUCUCCU